UCGGAGGCGGCGUCACUCACUGACUCAACGCCUCCUUCGUUAUUCAUUCAUCAACCUCUGUAUUCUCAUUCAUUCCAUUUUCAUGUUGAAGGGUUUAAUUUAAAGAGAACAAAAAAUGCAGCGGUUUUCCCUCCGCCACUCGAACUGGUGGAACUUGAAUCGUGUAUAUUUCAGAGUCCCGUCUUCUACAACUGCCAUCGCCUCAUUUCAUUCAGGAGAAGAGGAGCCCAGAAACCCUAACCCUAAUCGCCCUAAGACUCUGCGAGACGUGGAUGGGCCUCUGGCUUGUCUUCUCAAGAACCGGGGUGUCAUCCGCUUUGAUGGCCCUGACACCAUUAAGUUUCUUCAGGGCCUCCUCACAAAUGACGUGAGAAGCUUAGCCUUCCAAAAUGGCCAAGGAGAGAUUAAGAGUUCCUCUGUGCCCACCCCUAACCAGCUGCUGAAAUACGCUCCGCCUGUUUAUUCAGCCUUGCUGACCCCUCAGGGGAGGUUCCUCUAUGAUCUCGUUCUUUACCGCCCCCCUCUCCCCAGCGAGAAGCUGGAUAGGACUGGCUCCGGCCCCGGUGCUUCCUCUUCUUCCCAAUCCACUCCUCUGUUUGCAGACGUCGAUGCUUCCCUUCUGGAUGAGCUCCUCGAUUGCUUGAAAAAGUACCGUCUGAGAGCGAAAGUUGAAAUGGAGGAUAUGUCUAAAGAAUAUGCUUGUUGGCAAUGCUUUGGUGGAAAUCUUUCUGAUAAAUCUUCACUGGAUGAAGAACCUGAUGCAGCAAGUAUAGGUUGGGGUGGAUCUGUUGAUGCUACCGGUUUAUCUGCCGCAGAAGGGAAUAAUCUUGGAUGGCGAUGGUACAAGGAUCCUAGAUUAACUUCACUUGGGUUCAGAGGAAUUUUCCCAUCUAAAACCGUUCCUCCUUUGGUUGAAUCUGACAAAGAAGUGGAAGAGGAGCACUACCUCCUGUGGAGGUUAGAGAAAGGGGUUGCAGAGGGUUCGACGGAAAUUCCUAAAGGUGAAGCAAUUCCGCUGGAGUACAAUCUUGCCGGUUUGAAUGCGAUAAGCUUUGAUAAGGGAUGCUAUGUGGGCCAGGAGUCUGUUGCUCGCACCCAUCACCGUGGCGUUAUUCGGAAGCGACUUAUGCCCCUAAAAUUUGUCAAUAAAAGGGAUGAAGAGGCGGAAGAAAAAUGGGUGGCACCAAAAUCAGAGGUGGUGGAUGUGAAGUCGGAUAAGAAGGUGGGGACUGUGACAACUGCAAUGGGGUGCCUUGGGAUGGGGUUGGUGAGGGUGGAAGAUGCAUUAUUUGGAGGUGGGUUGCUUGGGAUAAGGGGAGAAGAGGAUGUGAGAGUGAAGGUUAUUCGGCCCGAUUGGUGGCCACUUGAAUGGGUGCAGCAACAACAACAGCAGAGUGCAACUGCCUAGCUAUCCAUGCCUGGUCCAAAAAUUUUUGAGAGAGAGAGAGAGAUUAUCCAUUCUUUGGUGAUGGAGAGUAAUGGGGUUGAGGGAAGAAUACGUGUUUUAUGGGUUUCCAUGUAGGCUGGGCCAUCCUUAGGGCCGAUAGGGGUAACACAAUGGGUUGAUUGUAUUGGUAACUAGAUUAUGAAAAUAACUCCUAGCAACCACGGGAAUAUGUAUUUGGUGAGUUAUUCAAUAAAAGAUUCCCCAUUUGCCGA